AGAGCAACUUCAAUCAAGAUGAUGAUGCAGCUGUCAGAAACCUCCAAGCAGAAGAACUCGCUCUUUAACGCCAUGAACCGCUUCAUCGGCGCCGUGAACGACAUGGACCAGACCAUCCUGGUGCCCACCCUGCUGCGGGACGUCCCGCUGGAGGAGGACAGGGAGAUGGGCGUCCUCAAGUCGGACGUGGAAGACGGGGACAUGUACAGCUACUACGAGCUGCUCAAGUCCAUCCGCAGUGACAUGGAGUGGGGCGUCCGCUGCGCGUCGGCCGACGAGAGGCUCAAGGAGAGCAUGAAAGUCAGCCGCUCGCACUCCUCCGCAUCCACCUGCUCCUCCAUGUCCUCUUGUUCGGCGUCGUGCUCCGAGGAGGAGGACGAGGGAGAGGACGAGGACCUGCAGAAGCAGUUCCAGUACCACCUGACCGGACUGCAGGGGGUUCUGUCCAAGCUGACCCAGCAAGCCAACUCGCUCACCAAGCGCUACAAACAGGAAAUUGGCAUCGGAGGAUGGGGCGUGUAAAGAGAGGCGCGCGCACCAACUGGACUGUAGAUUUAUUUUAUAAUACAUAUAUUGAAAAGGCUCACUGGCUGAACUGAACUUUCUUCCUCAGCGGGCCUGACUUCUGCUGCUGUUGAAAACAAUUAUCUGAAAGGUGGUGAAGAGCGCAGCGGUCUUUGGUCCUGAUUAAAAACAUUGACGAAACUAUUUAAGCCUCUAUUUAACGUAUUUAUUACCCCCCCCCGUCGUGCGCUCGAGCUAUACACUCGAAAGCUUGUAACGUGGGGAAGAAGUGGACUGAACCAAGACUGUCAAAUGACUCGUCAUCUCCUCUGCCGAGAUGACGGUGAUGUCAGUGGGUUCACGUGGAUGUGUCUUUUGCUGACUCGCUCGGUCUGAUGUUUUGCUUAGAUUUUUUGUUCUCUUUGUUUAGAAGGAGGCAGAUGCUUACUGUACAGCUUGCCCGUGAUCUCUUUGUGUCCUACAUGGUCAAUGAACUGGAAUCAAAUGAUAAUUCUUCUGCCCGGAGAAUGAUGAGGGUUUCCAUGAGAUGCUUGUCUCUGUUGUUAUUGUCGUUUAGCCUGUUCGGUAUUACUGUUAUUACAAGGUCCAUCUGUCAAAACAAGCAAUUACUUUUGUAUGCACUUUUAAAAAAAACAUAUAAAUAUACGUGCACUUAAUAAACUUUUAUACAAAU